AUGGCGCGAGCUCGUAAGAAAAAGGCGUGCGGACGCUGCAUAGCUCCGACCAAGAACGGUACGCGGUGCAAGAACAAGGCGGCCUGCGGGUCGGGCGACUAUCGAUACUGUAGAGUGCACCGUGAGAGACUCGAAGUCCCGAGGAGACGGAGGACCCGGCGCGAGAGGAGACCAAGGAAAGCCUUGAAGCCGGCCGUGCUUAAGACUGGGAAGAAGGUGAACUGGAUCACGGGAGAGGGACUCGCGGAGCUCGGCGUGAAGCAGAAUCUGUGUGAAGCCGGGGUCGAAGGUGCUCAGAAGAUGGGGCGCGACUUAUUCGAGGGAGGGUUCUCCGUCACCGAAUGGAAGAAAGCUAUGAACGGUCAGAAAGGCACCGGCAGCAUGGCCCCGUGCCUGGCGGCGGAGAGGUGCUUUACGAUGAAGCUUUGGAAGAAGUGGGCUUUCGUAAAGCACUUGGGCGAGGGGGCGAGUGGGUCGGUGAUCCUCGUCCGAAACAGGAAGACCGGCCAGAGGCGCGUCGCAAAGAUCUCCAAGAAACUCGACAGAGCACGAGAUAGAGUGGAGAUGGACAUACAGAACGAAUUCUGGCGCAAUGGAUUGGCGCCGCGAGCGUUCGGAUUAGACUUCGACGAGAUCAAGCACGGCCGUAAGCAGAAGAAAGUGUCGGUCGUCCUCAUGCAGCAGGUGGAUUCCACGCUGUCAUCGUGGCUGAGACGGGAUCGCAAGAGGUGGGAGCUAGACGUCAUGCUCAAAGUCCUCAUAUCAUUCAUCGACAAGAUGCAGAAGAAGCGACUCGCUCACGGCGAUCUCCACUGGGAGAACAUAGCAUUCAAGUACAGACCGGGCACUAAAUAUAUCGGACGAGUUCUGUUGAUCGAUUUCGGCUUCGCCGCCCGAAAGGGAGACUCUCGCUUGGAGUUCGCGCAAUUGAUCCGGACGACGCACAAGGAUUUCGGGCACAUGACGAGUGCCAACGAGAAGUAUUUGCGGGGGAGACUCAUCGAGGAAUUCAAGAGGAGAUAUGGAGUGAAAAAGGUGGACUAUCAGUACUGCACCUUCCCCAUCAAAUACCCCAAGACCUGGUCGUUCUACAAGAAGGCGGUCGCCAAUUUCUGGACAGUGGAGGAGAUCCAGCUGGAUCAGGACGCCUACGAGUGGGAGCAUAGGCUGUCCGCGGACGAGCGCCACUUCAUCAAGCACGUCUUGGCCUUCUUCGCUGGAGCUGAUGGCAUAGUCAUAGAGAACCUCGGGACCAGGUUCCUGACGGAGGUGCAGAUACAGGAAGCCAGGGCUUUCUACACCUGCCAGGCCUUCAUAGAGAGCAUCCACGGAGAGGUCUACAGCCUGCUGAUCGACACCUACGUGAAGGACCCCGAGGAGAAGGACAGGUUGUUCGAGGCGAUAGACAGCAUCCCGUGCGUGAAGAAGAAGGCGGACUGGGCCGUGAGGUGGAUAGAGAGUUCCGACUCGUUUGCUGAGAGGCUGGUCGCGUUUGCGUGCGUUGAGGGCAUCCUUUUUAGCAGCUCCUUCUGCGCCAUCUAUUGGCUGAAGAGCAAGAACCUGCUGCCGGGGCUGACAUUUUCCAACGAGCUCAUCGCCAAGGACGAGGCGCUCCACACGGACUUUGCCUGCCACCUGUACCGCGACCUGCUGGUACGGAAGCUGUCGUCCGAGAGGAUCCUGGAGAUCGUGAAGGGGGCUGUGGACAUAGAGAAGGAAUUCGCUUGCGACGCACUCCCUGUUUCCCUCAUUGGGAUGAACCAGAAGUUGAUGUCCGCAUACAUCGAGUGCGUGGCGGACCGCUUGCUCCAUAGCCUCGGUUACGAGACUCACUACGGCAGCAAGAACCCCUUCGGGUUUAUGGAACUAAUCUCCCUGACGUCCAAGAAUAACAUGUUCGAGUCGCACGUGAGCUCUUAUCAAAAGGCUGGUGUGAUCGAGACGCUGAACAAGGGGAAGAAGGGAGGCCUGACGUACGGCGAUUUCGUAGAGGACGACUUCUGA